AAACAAGAAGUUUGACUUGCAUUUUAAAUGAGUAGUAAAUCAUUUUGUCCAUAAUUAUAUGUAUAUUAUCUGAUCUUGAGUCAUAUGCAACAUCAAUAUAAAUAUUUUGAAUAAAACGAAAAAAGCAAACUAGGAAUAGAGGGUUUAGUAUAUAUAUACUCGAUUAUGUUUGGAUAUCUAUUCGGGUUCAAUUUUUACCCGUCUGAGCUUGAAUAUCCAAUCUCUCCUAAUUCUAUAUCAUAUUCAGAUAUUUUACUAUUUUAGUUUGGAUUUUGGCUUGGGUUUUUCAUUUCGAGUUUCGGUACGGGUUCAUGUAUCAGAUAAAAUGUCCAGGCCUAGAUCGUACUUUGAAAAACACUUAAUUCAGUCCACGUCAUACAUUUUUCUCUGUAAUAGUUCAUGUCGCACUUUAUUAACUAUUUUAGCUCUGUUUUGAUCAUACAUCUCCUGUAUAGAUGGGAUCAUACACAAUAUGCAUUAGGAGUCUAACAUGAAGCUUUGGAGGAACAAACAUUCUAAGCAGCAACGGCUAGCAACAUAGCCUAGUUGGCCACCUACUUUAAUUGUUUUAAACGACUAAGAAAUCUAUAAUAUGAGCACACCGUCUUUUAAAUAUUCCAUGUCGUGAUGUAUCCACGGUUUGCACACCUUCUUAACCGUACUACAUGUCGCCGUCGUACCUUUUCUAUUCUCAUUCCCCACUUGUAUAAUUAAAAAAAAAAACAAUUGUUUACAAAAUGUAAAACAACAACGAUUUAAUUAAACUAAAAAACACUCACACAAACAAAAGAUAUCCCCUUUCCCUUCUAUAAAACCUCCCUUAAUUUUAACCUCCACAACCAACACAUUCUUCUUCUUGAACUUCUUUCUUCUACAAUGGGCAUUCUGAGAUCUCCCUCUUCUUCUUCUGCACUGAAAUGGCUUGGAUUUGUGACGGCGGUUUGGGUUCAGUCCAUCUCCGGCAACAACUACACUUUCUCCAACUACUCUGGCGCUCUCAAGUCACUCAUGAACCUCAACCAGCUCCAGCUCAACAACCUCUCCGUCGCUAAAGACGUCGGAAAAGCCUUUGGAAUCCUCGCUGGCCUCGCCUCGGACCGUCUUUCCACUCCAGUGAUCCUCCUUAUCGGUUCUUUAGAAGGUCUUCUUGGCUAUGGUGUACAAUGGCUCGUCGUUAGCCGCACCAUCACCCCUCUCCCUUAUUGGCAGAUGUGUAUAUUCCUCUGUAUGGGAGGAAACAGCACGACGUGGAUGAACACGGCGGUUCUUGUUACUUGCAUACGAAACUUCCGGCGAAACCGUGGUCCGGUCUCGGGGAUCUUGAAAGGAUACGUCGGUCUAAGCACGGCUAUUUUCACCGAUCUCUGCACUGCUCUCUUCUCAAACGAUCCUGCGUCGUUUCUCGUUUUACUCGCGGUGGUGCCUUUCGGAGUCUGUCUCACGGCGGUUUUCUUCCUCCGUGAGAUCCCUCCGGCUUCCUCCGCCGACGAGGAGAGCGAAGAGACGCGUUACUUCGCGGUAUUCAACAUCCUAGCCGUCGUUGUUGCUGUGUACCUUCAGUCUUACGACAUCAUCGGAAUCAAAACCGGAGUGUUCUCGGUCGUUUUCGCCUCCGUACUUCUCUUCCUCCUGUUCUCUCCGAUCGCCAUACCUUUCCACUCGUUCAUACGAAGCUUGAACCGCGGUGAAGAACAAGACGUGGAAGGGCGGGUUCAAGAACCGCUGCUGAGAUCGGCGGAGAAGGAAGAAGUAGUUGUAGAAGAGGAGAGUCCUGUGGAGGAGAGGAAGAGGCCGGUGUUGGGAGAAGAACACACGAUAAUGGAAGCGAUGCUGACUGUCGAUUUUUGGGUGCUGUUCGUGUCGUUCUUGUGUGGUGUAGGGACUGGUUUGGCAGUGAUGAACAACAUGGGCCAGAUUGGGCUUGCACUUGGUUACACAGACGUCUCGAUCUUCGUCUCCAUGACUAGUAUUUGGGGCUUCUUCGGUCGUAUUCUUUCCGGAACUCUCUCCGAACACUUUCUCAAGAAAGCUGGAACACCAAGACCACUAUGGAACGCAGCAUCUCAAAUCCUCAUGGCUGUAGGGUAUCUACUAAUGGCUUUAGCUGUCCCCAAUUCACUUUACAUCGGUUCAAUGGUGGUCGGAGUUUGUUAUGGUGUCCGUCUAGCUAUUACUGUACCCACAGCAUCAGAACUCUUUGGUCUCAAAUACUAUGGUCUCAUCUACAACAUCUUAGUACUUAACUUACCACUUGGCUCGUUCCUCUUCUCUGGUCUCCUCGCUGGGUUCCUCUACGAUGCAGAGGCUACACCAACUCCUGGUGGGGGCAACACUUGCGUCGGAGCUCAUUGUUACCGUCUCGUCUUCUUGGUGAUGGCUUUAGCUUCUAUUAUUGGAGUCGGUUUAGAUAUUCUGUUGGCUUAUAGGACAAAGGAGAUUUAUGCUAAGAUUCAUGCUAGCAAAAAGGCCAAAAGUUCUGGUAGUGACCUUAGUUAAUAAUUGUUCUAGUUAGAUUGCACUAGAUUGUUCAUCACGAUUUUUUAGUUUGAGAUGCUGAUGUUUUUUGCAUGAAAAAAAUAUUGGUUUCAUUCAUGAUACAAUGUUGUACUUGUAGUCAGAGUCACCGCACACCAGCGUAAACUUUUCAAGAUUUUGUUCAUAUAUUUUGUCACAUAAUUGAAUGAUAUUUUACUAUUACCAA